AUGGUUCCUGCUGAGAACAUCAGCGUCUUCGCUUCUGCAGAUUUCUGCACAAACUGCAGCUCCUCCACCCAACCAGAGGUAGACAUCGCCAAGGCCGUGAUUUUAGGGGUCGUGCUGUUGGUGUUUGUGGUGUUCGGUGUCCUCGGCAACAUCCUGGUCAUCCUGUCCGUGUUGUUCCAUCACCAGUGGCGAUCUGUGACUCAUUACUUCAUCGCCAACUUGGCGGCUGCAGACCUGCUGCUCAGCUCCGCGGUCCUACCCUUCUCUGCCACCUCUGAAGCUCUGGGCAGGUGGGUGUUCGGGCGCUCCUUCUGCAGCGUCUGGGCCGCCCUGGAUGUCCUCUGCUGCACUGCCUCCAUCCUCAGUCUGUGUGUGAUUUCCAUUGACCGCUACCUGGCUGUCAGCUACCCUCUGAGGUAUCCGGCCAUGGCUACGGGCCGACGAGGCCUCACCGCAGUAGCAGCUCUCUGGGGAGUCUCAGCAGUCAUAUCCGUGGGCCCUUUGUUUGGAUGGAAGGAGCCAGACCCUGAAGAUGAGAGCGUGUGUCGAAUCACAGAGGAGCCGGGCUACGCUUUGUUCUCAGCUUUAGGCUCGUUCUACAUACCCCUGGUCAUCAUCCUGGCCAUGUACUGCCGCGUGUAUACCGUGGUGAGGCGAGAGACCAAAACGCUCAGGGAGAGCAUGAAAGGAGAGGAGGUGGAGAUGGAGGGUGUGAUGCUAAGGAUACACAGAGGGAAUUCUGCUCAGGCAGAGAAACAGGAGGGCGAAGAGACAGUGAUGAACAAACGGCCCUCGUUUCACCUGCGGAAGCUGCUCAAGUUCUCGGGAGAAGAAAAAGCAGCCAAGACUCUGGGCAUCGUAGUCGGGUGCUUCGUUUUGUGCUGGCUCCCUUUUUUUCUGGUUUUACCGAUCGGGUCUAUUUUUCCAUCCUGUAAGCCGUCUGAAACCAUCUUUAAGAUAACCUUCUGGCUGGGUUACCUCAACAGCUGCAUUAACCCCAUCAUCUACCCGUGCUUCAGCCAGGAGUUCAAAAAAGCCUUCUGCAACAUGCUGCGUGGACACUGCCUGAGAACAGGGAUUCCUGCUGCUAAGCAAGGCCCCGUCAGCGCUCAUUCCUCCAGUCCGGGCUUGACCUCUAAUACACCGGUCUCCUCAGUCCAAAACCCGCUGGCUGCUUCUUCGUGGGCUUGCUGCAGGAUGUUGUCGACUUCGUCGUCAUCUGUUGAUAAAAACCGGGCUCAGAGUGAACAAACCCAGAGGAAGAGUCUGCUGAAGGCCUGGUGUCUUUCAGUGAGGCGAACUUCUGCACUGCAGACCCCCUCCACAAACGGGUCAGCUAAGGUGUUGCGCCUCUCUCUUGGCAUUUCGGGCGAGGCCGUUUAA